AUGGCAGAGAAUCUGGGGCUGGGCUUCAGGGAAACAGCCAGCGUGGAAAUGCUGCCGGAGGAAGGCAGCUGCACCCCCAAGGCCAGAGCCAGGUUAGCAGCCAAGAGCAGAGCACGCUGGGCUCUCACUUGCUGCCUGCUGUCACUCCCCAUCCUGGCAGGACUCACCACCUACCUGCUUGUGGGCCAGCUCCGGGCCAGAGGAGACACCUGUGUGUUCCAGACUCCAAAAGGGCGAGAGUUUGGACCUUCACAUCAGCGAGCUUAUACAUCUCCCGGAGCUGGUGGGGAUAAGCCAAGGGCACACCUGACAGUUGUGAGACAAACUCCCACACAGCCCUUGAAAAAUCAGUUCCCGGCUCUGCAUUGGGAACAUGAACUUGGCUUGGCCUUCAUCAAGAACCGGAUGAACUAUACAAAUAAAUUCCUGGUGAUCCCAGAGUCUGGAGACUACUUUGUUUACUCCCAGGUCACAUUCCGAGGGACCACAUCUGAGUGUGGUGAAAUCCGUCAAGGGAGCCGACUGAACAAGCCAGACUCCAUCAUCGUAGUAAUCACCAAGGUAACAGACAGCUACCCAGAGCCGACCCAGCUCCUAAUGGGGACCAAGUCAGUGUGUGAAGUAGGCAGCAACUGGUUCCAGCCCAUCUACCUAGGGGCCAUGUUCUCCCUACAGGAAGGGGACAAGCUGAUGGUGAACGUCAGUGACAUCUCUUUGGUGGAUUACACAAAAGAAGAUAAAACUUUCUUUGGAGCCUUCUUACUAUAG